CUUGAACUAUCUGUGCAGUUUAACCUUCCCAAAAGGAACAAAGAGUGCAGCUUCAACGCCUUUCAUCUUCCCAAACACUUCCUUCAUUUUUCUCACACACAAAAUGCAUCGAAUCCGCCAUGUUUCUCUCUGCAAGUUCCUCAGCAGAUACCCUUCUCGAACAUAUUCAAAACCCACAUCCCUAAUUCCUAUCAAAACAAUCACAACAAAAUCACGCAACCCCUUUUCAAACCCCGCUAAUCCCCGACCUUCAAAAUCUUGUUUUGAGAUAGCAUCUUACACCCAGUUCAAGAUCUGUCGGCCGUACAGUGUUGAAACUGACAAAGUUGUUGAUGAAAUAAACUUGAAGUUCGCAGAGGCAAGAGAAGAGAUUGAAAUGGCGAUGGAAUCAAAAGAAACUGUGUAUUUCAAUGAAGAAGCUGAAUGUGCUCGUGCUGUAGUUAAAGAAGUUCUUGAAUUGUAUGAAGGGUUGCUUUCGAAAUUGGCAGAGAAGGAGAGAGGGGUAAUACAGAGGUCAAUGGGGCUGAAAAUCGAACAAUUGAAGGCUGAACUUCAACAAUUGAAUGAGUGAUGAGGUUUGUUCAUUUGGGGCUAAUUGAUUUUACCAUAUGUUGCAAAGAACUAGCUUGAUUUAAUGAUGUUAUUUGUAUGUUGAAGAUGAAUCGACAAUGCUGUAUUUCACAAUUUCUGAUGAAAAUAAUAAAUGAGUAGCCAUAACUAAAAGAAUUUUAUAUCAAUAA